GUAGAGGUAGGUCGCUACGAACUGCCGGUACUACCCGAUUCCAACGGGCGCGUACAAACGUAUCAUGCUGGGUAGGGCCGGUGCCGAGAUGCCGGCUUGUAAACGAAACCAGUUUGCUAUCCGAUACGAUCCAGGCAACAGCGGCCUCGCGCGAUAUAUCCACGAGCGAAGAUCGCUGGUACCAACGAGGAUCCGCACUCUCGGUGAGAGAGGCACCAGAAUGUGGGGAUAGGAGGAAAUCACCUGACAUCGGGGACAUAAGAGAACGCGAAGUCCUCGAGAAGAUCCAGCUAUAACGAGACAUUUCUUCGGGAAUCGAAAAGCACCUAAGAUCGGGAACGUCAUUGCUCCUUUAACGUUGAGACUUCUCGUUUUGUUGUUUAACUCUACGUCAAAUAGUGAAAGAAUAUUUCAAUACUUUCCAAGGGUUUCUUCGAAUUGUUGCCUGGAUCAUUCGCGUUUCGAAAAGGAAGAGAAAACGAAAUAAAAAAAAAAAAAAAAAAAAAAAAAAAAAUAGAAGAAAAGUCGAUCGAGGGGAGACAUUAUAUAUAAUACGUUGGUUUUUCUUGAUUGUGUAAGAUAGUGUAAUUUAGUGGACUGUCCAGUGACGAACAAAAUCGUUAACAGAUGAUAAAUAGACGAGAUAUAAUGGCCUUUAUCGAGCCUCAGUGAAAUAUUGUUUCUAAUCUUGUUCGAGAUUUGAAUGAUAUGAGACUACUGUCAUGAAAGGCACGAAAAGAAAGUACAAAUCGGAACGGCGGGAAUCUUGAGACAAUGAUGAAGGUGAUAACAACAUCGAUGCUCUGAAAAAGGGAAAACAAGAAAAAAGAAAUAAAAAAAAAACCCCUAAGAAAAAAGUUAACAGAAGAAAAUUAAAAAAUAAAAGAACACUCUGAGACAACGUUUCGUUGGUAUAAACGGUUCGUGAAACAUUCGGGCUCGUCGAGAUGUCGGCAGUAGCACCAGCUGGAACCGGUGCUACGGCGCCAACAACAAACGGCCCGAUUGUUCCCGCUCCGGUUUUUGCCUUACCGACGUUGUCCUUCACCGUCGGCCAGGUUGCAACGGUUUGCGAAACGUUGGAAGAGAGUGGGGACAUCGAAAGAUUGGCUAGGUUCCUUUGGAGCCUUCCCGUUGCCCAUCCUAAUAUCCAAGAAUUGAAUCAGAGCGAAGCAGUACUCAGAGCCCGUGCGAUAGUUGCCUUUCAUUCGGGACAUUACAGAGAACUCUAUAAUAUCUUAGAAAGACAUAAAUUCACCAAGGAUUCGCACGGUAAACUUCAAGCCAUGUGGCUUGAAGCACAUUAUCAAGAAGCUGAGAAACUUCGUGGUAGACCUCUCGGCCCUGUUGACAAGUACAGAGUAAGAAAGAAAUUUCCAUUGCCAAGAACGAUUUGGGACGGCGAACAAAAGACUCAUUGCUUCAAAGAGAGAACUAGAUCGUUGCUAAGGGAAUGGUACCUUCAGGAUCCUUAUCCGAAUCCUGGAAAGAAGAGAGAACUUGCUGCUGCAACUGGCCUAACACCGACCCAGGUUGGUAAUUGGUUCAAAAACCGAAGGCAGAGGGAUCGUGCUGCUGCAGCGAAGAACAGAAUGCAGCAACAAUCGGGCCCAGGCAACGGAAACGCACGGCGUGCAUUGAGUCCAGGACCAGGUGGUAGUGAUUCCGAGGAUUCUGAUAUUUCCCUUGGAGGAACAUCGCCACCAUCACCAAGUUCCUCUCCUCCUCCUACUCAUCAACCUUCUCCUGUACCAUUGGGCCCACUCGGUCCACUUCCACCGCCCUCCCUUAACUUCCGUUUCGAUCCGACUCAGUCACAAUUCCGAUUUGGUCACGCGACGGCCUUCAAAUUCCCGCCGACUGGUUUCCGGUUUGGUCCGCAUAGUCCACAGCAUAAUCAUCCGAACAUCGCAGGUGGAGGGAUUUUUAGGUUGACCGAAAGUAGUCCCUUUCAGGCUGUUGGACCUAGAGGUGACCUUGGAUCCAGAUUACCAGAUCCACUUGGGCUACCACCGCCAAGGCUACACCCUCAUGAUGGACUGUUACAUCAUCCACAUCCACAACAUCCUUUACCCGAGGGAAUAUCUAGGAUAUCUGAGGGCUCCCGGCUAUCCGAUGGACUCUCAGAGGCUCACAGUCCACCACUAAUGGCAACGAAUCUGUCGGUGACGGGUCCUUUGAGAGUGGCCGUGCCUAGUCCACACACGCCAUCCUCCAGAGGCAGUCCAUCCUCGAAUCAGCAGACUCCUCAGGGGCAGGCUCAAGGUCAAGGCUUGAUAAGGGUCGCCACUCCUCCACCUAAUCCAAAACCUCCGCAAAUUCACAGGCCGUUCUCGCCGGCGUGAUACGACAGGUCGGCCGAGAACGAAGAGAUCAUUUCGGAAAAUGUGGAAGACGAUCGUUCUUCGAUAUCGAGGUACGAAUCGAGUAUUGGCGAAGACAUUCAGCAAAGACAUUUCGAGAUCUUGUGAGAAUCGAUUCGUCAAAAGGAUCAAAGUGAACUCCCGAACAAACGAAAUCUCUUUCGAGAAUAGUGACCGGCCGAUAAAGGGGGGACACGGAACGGGCUAGAGGGGAACGAGAGUUGAGGGGUAUGGGAGAAAGAAAUGAAUAUUUGUGAAUUAGGAAGAAACUUUGCCGGGCGGGAGAUUCAAACACAAAAACGAGUGAGAACGAACCGAUUCUCUCGCGCGAGCUUUCGAAAGGUUUCCGAAGGAGCCUUACGAUGAAAAUGGGGGGGAAGGCCGUUGUGCGAGUCGAUUGAUUUGCGAAAGACUAUUAACGAUGUGAGUGUUAUAAUUUUAGAACGAACAAUUGGGAUCGUGUUGAAUCGAUCGCACAAAAAGAAACGAGUGCAAUAUCUCGAUUUCGAUUGAGAUGGGACGGGUGGGAUGAAGAAGAGGAAGCGAGAUAGAAGGAGGAGUAGGAGGAGGAGGAGAAGGAGAGAGAAAUAUACGAUUGAUAUAUAAUUAGAUUAUAUAUCGUUGUGUGUACAUAAUUGAUAAUUAAUGAUUUCGUCGAAACUUCUUACGAACGAUUUGUUUUCACAAUUAACGAUUGUUUCCAUUUUAAUAAAAAUAGGAAACUUUCUAUUUUUGUGUAACAUUAAUCCUGAGUGAAAGAAGUUACGCGGCUUGUAAAUAGCGUCCGAAAAAGAUCGAUAGAUCAGUCGAUCAAGUGUAUGACAUAUUAUAUAUAUAUGUAUAUAUAUAUAUAUAUAUAUAUAUAUAUAUGUACAUAUACAUAUACACCCACACAUAUAUUUCAAAUAUUAGAACGUUCUUCUUUUUGCACGACGUCAUAUUCCUCUCAAUGAUACGAGCGACGUCACUCGAUGGAAAUCAAACUUGCGAACUAAUUUUGAAAAAAAAACAAAAAAAAACAAGAAAAGAAGAAAAAAAAACUAAACAAACAUUAACUUUCAACUUUGUAUGUUUUGCGAUUAGCUCGUCCGAUCGUCUGCGUAUACUUGACGCAACUCUAACGUUACCCUUUCCUUACUAAAGAUAACUAUAGUCGCUCAAUGUUAAACAUUCGCUGUAUACUAAGGGUGAUUAUAGUCCUAAUCGAUAUAAUUUUAAUUGAAUUAAUAAAUUGAGAUAUACUUAUUUACAAUAUAGUUCGACCUAUAUUAAUUUCAUUGAUUUAACCGUUUUAAUAAGAUAUCUAUUAAUAAUUUUUAUAUUAAUGACGAAGAAACAACGGAUUUUAUUAUUAUUAUUAUAUUAAUCCUAUAUAAUCGCGAUUCAACUUGUUUUCCCCGAUUCAGCGAUACCGUAAUGGCGGCCACUUCCAUCGUAACGAAAGGGUUAACGCGGUGAAAAGAUUUUUCAAAGACUAACUCGAAACCGCAUAAUGCCAUACGCCGUUACUCUGAAAAGGAGAAAGCAAAACGCUCGUGGAAAAUUGAGACGUCGGACAAACUAAUUUACGCUCCCUCGGCGAUUACCCCGUUCACCCCUGCUCCCCCUCCCACCAUACCUUGUUAGACUAAGUAGAAACUAGCGACUUGUAAAUUCAUUAAUUGAUCCGGUCUUUGAAGGUAUGCUACAUUGAAAGUAAAACUUCAACUUGCUCGAAUUUUGUCAAGGAUUAAAGAAGUCCAAUCGAUCUUAUUAUGCGAGAUACGACAAAACGUUAAAAGCGAUGAUAUUGAUAAUAAAAACGAAGAUAGAAACCUGCGACCAAGUUCGCCAGAUCCUUUUCUCUUUGUAGAUAGUCUCAAUAGUAAAAUUCUUGUAUAAUCGGUCCUAUAAAUAUGAACAUAAUACGGUCUACAUGCUGUAUAAGUAUGUUACGUAAAGAUUAUUAACGCGAAAUUAUAAACAGAUAUAAAUAUAUCAGUAAAAGUGCAGCAUUAUUAUUAAAUAUUAUUAUUAUCAUUAUAUUAUUAUUAUUAUUAUUAUUAUUAUUAUUAUUAUUAUUAU